AUGAAUAGCCAACCAAAAGAAUACAUUUCCGCAAUACAGACAAAAUAUAAGUUCACAGACGUGCCAGCAGCCUUCAUAGGCCUGGUGAACAUUGCUAUCUUUCUCUCGAUUACUUUUUCCUACUCUUACAAAGAUCUCAUAGGCCUCGCCCCGUCCAUUGGACAAGUUGAGCAGAAAAAUUUCAUCUUCGGGGCAUUUGCAAUACUGGCUUCAUAUUUUACACCAAUAGUUUCGCUGCUUCUGUUCAGAGUUAUAACUAAGCCUAUGAUAUACUUUAACUUUGCCCUGCUCUUCUCUUUGCUGGGGUACGGCAUGUAUGUGUCUCUCACAGCCGGAUAUUUACUUAGCUUUAUAUCUCAGCUGCUAAUCUUUGUGCUGUCUGUCACCAUAUUCUACAAAGUCAUUGAAGACAUAGAGGCGGUGAAGUAUUUUAUCAAGAUGUCCUGUGAGAUUAUUCUGUCUAACAUCAUGUGCUACUCGCUGUGCUAUGUUAGCUGUGCUGUUCUUAUCUGUGUUCUUCAUGCCGCUACGUUUGGGUUUAUAUUCCUAAACGAUGUAUUGGCACACAGAAACUCCUCUUACUACGAUGUCACUGUCCUUGUGAAGUGUAUAUACACGGUGUUUAACCUUUCCUUCAUCGUUUUUUCUUUCCUGUGGGCUGUGUCUACGCUCUAUGCAAAGAUGACGCACCAGUACAUGCUUAACAAGGUGAACAAGAAAGAGUACCAUAGAAGUGCCAUGGGAGUGGGGCUAAAAAGGAUGGUGCUUUCAACAGGCACGAUCUUCAUAGCUGCUCUUCUAUCUGCAGUCAUCUUUGUGCUCAGACAGCUGAGCGAAAACGCAUUCAAUAGAGAACAGAGAAGCAGAGAUAGAAGCAUUCUUGUUCUGAUUGUGCUCUUCAUUGCAUCGAUUAUCCUUAUGCUUCUGGACGUGGUGAUAGAACAGCUGAACAACUACUGCAUAGUCUACAACUCGCUCUACGGAACUAACUACGUUACGUCCAUGAAGAGGGCAGCAGACCACAUCAUCAACACAAACUUUGGGUUCUACCGCAAGAUAUGCUCAAUCUCGAUGUUCACCUUCAUCCUAGCAUUCAACUUGCUGGUGGGCGCAGGAGUAAUGAAAGUCGCAGACAUCUACAUGAGGGAUCUGACGACUCUUAAAACUUCUGCUGACUAUGGAGUGAUGUCUCUGAUUUUCCUGGUGCUGUUUAUGGUCGGGUCUCUCAUCAGCCCCAUAUUCAUGUCUACUAUAACUGCAAUAGAGUUUAUAAGCUACGGAGACCCUCAGCUGGUUAAAAAGGCAUUCCCCAUAUGCACCAGAAACAUCGCAGCCCUUUCAUAUUAG